CUACGAUGAAGCCCUUCACUAUCUUCAGUCUUAUACUCCUUUCUUGUAUGGGCCUGGCCCUCAUGUCCGUCGUCGAAGGCACCAGAUAUCCCAAGGGUCACCCAUGGCACGAUUUAGGAUUGGUGCCCAAACAUGAAAAGUUCAACCCGGCCAAGAUCAAGUACAACGAAUGGUGGUUCCACGAUAUCCGCGGUAAACCUCUCGUCCAUUGCCUAGGAAACGGCAUACCAUUCACCAACGAGAAAUAUAUGUGCGGCUACAAAGGAAACGAAGAUAUCGGCAUUAGAAUAUGGUUUUGUGGUUCCAAAAUCAGUGAAAGACAGAUCAGGUCCACCGACCAUGAAGUAUAUGUAGCAGCCCACAAGGAUAAGGAAGAGCUCAGGGCGUCUGAAGUUACUCUUAGAAGCCGGGAAAUUCCUCAAAAAGGUUACGUGGGUCCCAAUCUCCAAAACGUUUACGUGGGUCUCAAUGAGAUUGGAGAGGAGAGUUAG